GGUCGUUAAGCCCUGAUGAUUGUUUCUUCCCGCGUCGCCGCCGCGCCUUAUUGCUGGUGCCCAAUCAGUAGAUACCAAUCAGUUUUUGGACGACGGAGACGAAGAGGAGCCUCGGUUGCAGUUGCAGUAGCAUCCCAACUUCCAACCUCCAAAUCCAAAGUGGGUUCCAGUUCCAGAGAGAGGAAGCCCAACGGCGGCGGCGGCGGCGACGGCCGACGUGCUCAGAGACGCGGCGUGGAGGGGCGCGCCGCCGUGGCUUCGUGCAGGGGGUCGGCCCGACCGUGUGCCCGUGAGAGGUUGACGUCGCUGAUGGGGGAGCCGCCGCCGGACCGGAGGAGGCUGUACCAGGUUUGGAAGGGAAGCAAUAAAUUCCUCUUCGGCGGGCGGCUGAUUUUCGGUCCUGACGCGGGCUCCCUCUUCCUGUCCACGGUCCUGAUAGCAAGCCCGCUGGCCGGCCUGUGCUUCCAGUGCGUCACCAAGCUCAGCAGCUCCGGCGGCAGCUCACCGCUCGGCCUGCCGGUCCUCCUGGCCACCAUACUCCUUGGGCUAUCGGAUCUGGCGUUCCUGUUCCUGACAUCGAGCAGGGACCCCGGGAUCGUGCCGAGGAACGCGCGCCCGCCGGAGCAGCAGGAGCGCGGUGGGGUCGACGACCCCGUCGUCGCCGAUGACGACGACAUCGUCUCGGCGUCGACCGAGUGGGUGGCGAUGAGCGCCGCGAAUAACCCGCACCUCCGGCUGCCGCGCAACAGGGACGUGGUCGUCGCCGGCGGCCAUGUCGUCCGGGUCAAGUACUGCGACACGUGCCUGCUGUACCGGCCGCCGCGGGCGUCGCACUGCUCCAUCUGCAACAACUGCGUCCGGAAGUUCGACCACCACUGCCCCUGGGUCGGCCAGUGCAUCGGCCUGCGCAACUACCGCUUCUUCUUCCUCUUCAUCUCGACGUCCACGUUCCUGUGCCUCUACGUCUUCGUGCUGUCCUGGCUCAACAUCGCCGCGCAGAGGGCGAGCCACGGCGGGUCGCUGCUGAGGUCCGUCACCGGCGAGCCGCUGUCUCUCGUGCUCAUCGUUUACUCCUUCGUCGUCGCGUGGUUCGUCGGCGGCCUCACCGUCUUCCACAUCUACCUCAUGAGCACCAACCAGACGACGUACGAGAACUUCAGGUACCGGUACGAGGAGAAGGAGAACCCGUACAACAGGGGCGUGCUGGCUAACAUGUCCGAGGUCUUCUGCACCGGGAUGCCGCCGUCGAUGAACAACUUCCGGGCAUGGAUGGAGCUGCCGGCGCCGGCACCGGAGGCGUUCGACGCCGGGCCGCCGCUCGCUUCUAGGGACAAGAUCGACCUGGAGAUGGGGCACAAGGGCGGCGUGCAACACCAUACUGGUGUUCCACCCAUCUUGCAGGGGCUGCAUUACGCGCAAAUGGAGAAGAAUUACAGUGCCAGCGUCCACAUCAAGGACCGGCGAUCCGCGGAGGCGCCGGACCCCUUCAUGAUCCCGGAGGCGCCGCGACACGCUGCAGCAGGAGAAGCUUGGCCUCCAGCUGUGUUUCAUGACGACGGAGUCUAAUGAUGUUACGAGCAGCGGGCAAGAGUCCGUGGUGAUUGUGAUUAUAAUUGUAGGAAUAGGAAUUGUGUGGUUACACAACAUAGUGAGGCGCUUGCGAUCCAUUUUUGUACAUCUUGGAACUCGAGAGGUUAAACCUCGUGAUAGUCAACUGCAUGUAUUGAAACAUAUAUUUAUACACAUUUUUUUUUGCAUCCUG